UUAUUUCUCUUCUUGCGUCACCGGCUUUAUCAGAUAGACCUUCUCUUUCGUUUACACGUUUUCAAACAGAUGACUGCUAUGAACUGAAUCCUGUGUAAAGGAUGCCUCUUGGGUAAUUUAAAGUAGGGAUGCUCCGAUCCGAUCACGUGAUCGGAAAUCGGGCCCGAUCACGUGACUUUUAAAAGAUCGGAAUCGGGUGUUAAAGAUCGGAUUUAACCUUAUAAAACAACAAGCAUGACAUUUUUAAUCAAUCUUGAGUUUCAAAUUGAAUAACAAUGGCUUAAUUUUGUACCAAGUUUCACUUCCUCAAUAACGACAUGACACCAUACGGCAGCCAUAAUGCCACAUGUUUUAAAGUGGACCGUGGAAUUCAGGUAGCAGUUAGCUAGCAGGUUAAUGCUCGUCUCGCUCCAGGAGAGCAAAAAAUGUCAGCGGUUUGGAAUCAUUUUAAACUGGAGACCGAAGGCUGUCCAACAGCCACUUGCAACAUUUGCAAACUGAGUGUUUCACGUGGUGGAAAAGACCGAGCUGCUUUUAACACCACGAACCUGAUCCGGCAUCUUAAGAACAAACAUCCAGCUCAAUAUUCCGAGUUCACCGCGGCAACGCAGAUCAAAACAUGGAGCCAGCCGACACUGGAAGCUAUGCUGAAAAACAAAGAAAAACUUCCUAAGGAUAGCGACAAGGCCAAGAACAUCACAGCCAAGAUAGCUGAAUUUAUUGCACUAGAUGACCAGCCGCUGUCUGUGGUUUCAAACGUAGGAUUUCGCCGUCUCAUGGAGCACCUGGAGCCACGGUACGAGUUACCUUCUCGAAGCUACUUUACAGACACAGCUCUGCCCAGCAUUCACAACAAGCUACGUGACCACCUGUUAGUCAUGUUAUCAAAGGUGUCUGCUUUUGGGUUUACCACGGACAUAUGGAGUUCGUCUGUUUGUCCAAUGUCACUGAUCAGCUUCACUGCACAAUGGAUCGACUCGAGUUUCAAUUUACAACGUGCUACGUUAAAUGCGCAACAUUUUCGCGGAUCUCACACAGCAGAGCAUGUGAAACAGGCUAUUGAAGAGAUGCUGAACAGUUGGGGAAUUGAAAAGGAACGUGUCCAUGUAAUUGUGCGUGACAAUGCGCGAAAUAUGAAGAGAGCCAUGGAGGACUUGGCAGUACCAGGCUUGGGCUGUGUUGCACACACGCUUCAACUUGUUGUGCACGAGGGUCUGCUCUCUCAGCGCAGCGUCACAGACACAAUGGCUAAUGCCAGGAAGAUAAUAGGCCAUUUCAAACAUUCUCCUUUGGCCUAUUCACGCCUGGAAGAUAUCCAGAUUUCUCUGAAGAUGACCGUGAAGCGCCUGCAGCAGGAUGUGCAUGUUAGAUGGAACAGCAGCCUCUAUAUGCUACAGAGCAUUCUGGAGCAAAAGCGAGCGCUCAGCAUCUAUACAGCUGACCACAACCUCCCUGCUACACUAACAUCUAGUCAGUGGACCCUGAUGGAGAAUACAGCUGAAGUGUUAAUUCCCUUGGAAGAACUGACUAGGGAAGUGAGCAAGGAGACUGCAACUGCAGCAGAUGUGAUCCCUGCCAUUUCAGCUCUCAGACGUGUCCUGUCUCGAGAGCAAACGACUGACCAGGGUGUUCGAACCAUGAAAAGAACUCUCCUAGAGGCAGUGGAGACUCGCUUUGCUGAGGUAGAAAAGGAACCACUCUACAGCAUCGCCACUUUAGUGGAUCCAAGAUACAAAGACAGAUAUUUCACAAAGUCAGACCACCUGAGGUUUGCUAAAGAUUCCCUCAUCCAGGAGGUGAUGAAGAUGGAGGAGAACAGGGUUGCCAGUAAAGAACCAGAGGCAGCAGAGCCUGUGAGCAAGGCACCUCGUCAAGGAGCAGGAAGCAGCCUUGGCAGCAUCUUAGAUGAGAUCUUAGAAGAGCGUCAGCCAGAGGCCCAAUCUGUGAGUACCACAUCAGCAGAUGUCCAGGUACGGAUCUACCUUUCGGAACAAACCAUCUCUAGGAAAAGCAAUCCUCUAGACUACUGGAAAACACAUGCUACACAGUUCCCUUCACUGGCUGCUGUUGCAACCAAAUUUCUCUGUGCCCCCUGCACCUCAGUGGACAGUGAGAGACUCUUUAGUGCAGUGUCAAACAUUCUUGACGAGAAUAGGAAUCGGCUCUCCCCCGACAAGUUAGAGAUGCUGAUUUUCCUCAAAAAAAAAAACAUGCACUUUAUUUGGGAGCCUUAGAGUAAAAGUUGAGCUCCAUGUAGAGCACAUGGAAGAGGUGAUUUACCAGUUCUUUGCAAUUUGAUGUUGUUUUAUUCUUGAAUGGUGUUAAGUUUGUACACCACUUUGAUUAGGCAUAUCUUUUGUUCGUUUUAAUAAACUAGUCAGUCUAAAGGCCUAAGAUGUAUUUUAUUUUGUUACCUGACUAAAUUAUGCAACUACCUCUUAGAGGUGGAGGUAAGCACUUUAAUUUAACUUCUAUUAUUGUGUUGAGUUAUUUUACAAACCUUUUCUACUUUUCUAUAAAAACAAAUUUGUUUACAUAUUGUUGCACCACUGAUAAGCUACAAAGAUAUAAUUUUGUUUACUUGGUUUGAAGUGCUGCUGCACUAACAAAAUGUUUCUACUUUCUUAUGGUAUUAUGUUGGAUGCCGUCAUUUAAAUAAUAAUAAAAAAACCUAACAGGUCAA